AUGCCACGACCGUGUUACGCCGUGCCUGCCGCUGCUGUUGUGCUGGCGGUGCUCUUCUUGGCGCGCUGCAGCCACGGCCUACCGUGGGAAGACGUGGCCCGCGCCGCUGAGAAAGAUGACCUUCACCUCCGGCAGCAGUCCGCUCACUCCUCCGGAGCACUGCGGGAGGUGCGGGGCCUCACCGUGCCUCCGUGCCCCGUCCACCCCAAGCCCGUCGCCCAACAGUUUAUCAGCCAAUCGUUCAUGCCGGACCGGCUGAAGCAGGCGCUGAAGAGCGUGGACGCGAUGAUGAGCAGUGCCCUGCAGGCGCGUGGCAUCACCGCGGCUUCUCUCGGCGUCGUGUACGACCAGGAGCUCAUCUGGCAGCAGGGCUACGGGCGCAUCGACCCCGCCAGCUCCUACUCGCCACCGGUGGACGCCCACACGAUCUUCCGAGUGGGCUCUGUGACUAAGCUGGUCACGACACUGAUGCUGUUCAAGCUGCGCGAUGCCGGCAUGCUCUCGCUCGACGACCCCAUUCACCUCUACGUGCCGCAGCUGAAGUGGGCGUCGCCUUUCAAGGGCAACCCCGGCAUCACGUGGCGCUCCCUCGCUGGGCAGACCAGCGGGCUGGGUGGCGCCACGCCGUGCAACUUCUUCACGCUGUGGGAACCGAUCCUGGGCGAUGCCUGUGAUAUCUCCAAUGAAGAGGCCUGGAAGCGAGUCUCGUCCUCUCCCCCGACUGUGCCGAUGUGGGAGAUGCCGCACUACGCGGACAGCGCGUACGCUAUCCUCGGCCGGGCGUUGGAGUCCGUCGUGCAGAUGCCCUAUGAGGACUGGGUCAAAGAAAACAUCUUCAAACCUCUCGGGAUGGACAGCUCGUUCAUGGCCUACGACGGAUGGUCGGACAUGGCCAAGCGGGUGCCGCCAGGCAUGGAGGGCAACUUCACCUACCCCUCCUUUGUGGCCCAGGUCGACCUCCGCUGGGCUCGUCCCACCGGCAACAUGUACUCGUCGACGGCCGACCUGGCCAAGCUGGCGUCGGUCUUCAUGGUUGGCCAGGGCGAGCCGCAGAACGCCCUGGGAAUCUACAGCAGCAGCCUGCGGGAGAUGAUGACCCCCUCCUUCAUCAACGACGAUAGGGUGUCGGCGUACGGCUACCCGUUCGAGAUGUACCACACCAGCGCGCUGGGCGCCGGACUACCAGACUACUGGCUGCGGGGCAAGGCGGGCACCAUGCCCGGCUACUUCAGCAAGGUGAUCAUAGUCCCCGAGAUUAAGAUGGCGGUCAUCGCGCAGGGCAAUAGCCACGUCAGCACAUGGGACGUCCUGGCCACUCUGAUCCCGGCCUUUGACCAGACCCUGUGGGACCUGCAGCCGCUGCCCACCAACCCGGGCAAUCUCACCGCCUACGAGGGCACCUACGUCGCCUCCGCCCUUCUCGAGUACCAGCCCGCUUCGCCCACGCCCCCUCUCAAGCAAAAUACAACAUUCUGUCUGACUCGUCUCUUUUUCUCAAGUCUGCUGGUGGCCAACGCCACGGUGGUGGCCGACACAGCCAACCACCAACUCCUUGUCUACAUCAGCGUUGGAGGCAUGGCAUCGCCGUCCAAGUCGGUGACGGUGGUGAAUGCGGUGUGGCAGGAGGGCAACUCGUUCCUGAUGCUCAACACAAUGGGCCGGGGCCAGUCGUGUCUGUCGCUCGAGUCGGGCUACACCAACAUCCUGAUGACCUUCCACGAGCAGAAGCCGUGGCUCGGUGGCCCGUCCUUCGUCGCCUCGCUCGCCAUCCCAUCCGACCCCUUCUACGGUUGGACCUUCACCAAACAAUAA